CCGCCACAGAGAAAAUCCCCUCAGAAUCGAGAACCUCACCGACUACGAGCAUCGUCCUCCUCUUCCUUCUCGGCGAUGGCGGCCAAGCGGAACCGUAAGAAGCUACGUGCUUCGAAGGUCUCAGAUCCAGACAACUUAUUCCGUUCUCUCGCUUCAUCUAUUGCUUCCCCUCAGGUUUCUAAGCAGCCAAUCUUGAAACAUCUGCUGUACAUCCUGGGUCCGUUAUCACGAACUCCUCCGAUAAACUGGGAUAGUGGCAACGUUGCCUCACACUAUUGGAAUAUCAAAUCCAACGGAGGAGAAUCGAUCGAGUUCGUUGAUGUUUGCGACCUCUCUGAUGUCUUGUUCACGGAGCUUGAUAGGAUUUUCGAAAUCCUGUUCUCUGCUUUAUGCAAAGACAAUAAUGGUGAGAGUUGUUGCACGUUUGCAAGUGGAGAUGAGGAGAGUGUUGAACUGGCCAUGCUGUUCUUAAGAUGCUGCAUGAAGAUCAUCACUUUACUUUUGCCUGAUGAACACAGUAUGGCUCUGGAGAAAGCGAAAACGCUUCUCUCAAUCCUCAGUGGUUUGAUCUCUGCAACGUAUGGGGGUGAUUCUUCUGACGAGUCCCGCCGUACGUUUCUUUGUACAGGGCUUGAGGUUUUCAUCGAUGAGGUUUUGGUGAAUAGUUCAGUCAGGGAUCUGCUUUUCCUUGUAGAUCCUGCAUUCUCCUCAUGUAUAAUGUUCAGUAAGCAUGACAUGGCCGUUGUGAUGGAAAUGGUUUCUGCUCACUUUAUCUUAUCACUGUCAGGUGAGAAACUAAAUAAGAUGUAUGCUGAGAGAUUAUACUGGAAGCAAGUUAGUCCGGUUAGACCACCUCAGUUAACCAUGAGUGCUGCUACGUCCUUGCUGCUAGACCCCGUGAUGUUCUCCGCGCCAAGAAUGAUUCACGCCUAUGUGGUUUUAUUGCUCUCUGAUGCCAUCGGUAUCUGUUGUGUUAAGGGAUUAUUAGACCUUCAGCUUUUUGAUAGAUGCAUUGAUGCAUUUGACAAGUCUGUUGUUCUGUACACACGGUACAUGUGUAAGGAUGAGAAUAACUCAUCUGGGAAGUUUGGUGUUUCGAUGUGUAGUUCUGGGAUUAGAACAACUCAUCUUCUUUUGCCCUCAACACUGGAGAAAGUUAACGAGGUUACACUGAAGCUAAAGGAUUCAUGGGGUUCUUUUCAAAGUAACAAUGGCAAGAGAGAAAAUGAUGAGCUGGUAGCGUGUUCUGUAGCAUACGCGAAGGAGAGUUUAAGUGUAUUUGAUAGCUCCUACUCAGAAAACAUGUUGUCGCAGAUCUUAUCAGUUCUUGGUUGCGCGAUACUUAGAGCUAGUUCUGAUGAUGUCAUGGACUCUGUGUUUCAAAAGUACAGCGCAUCUAGUGUCGAAGACCUGUAUCUACUUGCAUCCAUACUAAAGCUGAUGAGUUGUUCGACACUGCAAGUCAUCCGGGCUCUCCGGCAUCGAUCUGAAGACGUUGGAGACGUUCAAUCUUGCAAGGAAUACAAAUCCAUGAUGGACGUUGUUGGACGUUUUGAAAAGUUCAGUGUUCACUUACCCGGACAAAGUUUCCUGCACGAUAGAAUAGAAUCUCAUCCUCAUGUUCAUUUGAAUUCGAAGUGGAUGCUUAUGCAUUUUUCUGGCUUACUGUCUGUAAGCUUUGCACUUAAGCUUGACUUUCUAAUAAAGGGCUCUAUUUUCGGAAUGGUGGUAUCUCUGUAUUUAUUUAUCCUAGAAGGGGGUGACUUGGAAGCACUUGUGCACUCAGAAAAUCCAUCAACUUCCAUACCAUCUAGUGGUUUUAAAGCUUCUGGUAAAGCUGAGGAGCCUGCAGUAGAUAGGAAACUUAGCGAGGCUGUUGCUUUGAAGUUUCAAAAAACCCGAACUUUGUACUUGGGCAAGCUGUCUGAUGCAGAGAAUGGUUCGGAUUCAGGAGUUGGUGUCGAAGAGAAAAGCUGCAACGGGGAGAAAUUUCUUUGGUGUAUGGCCGGAGAAGGCAACAUGAAUAGCAGCGACGUGGAGGACUUGGCAGAUUUCAUAGUGUGUGAGCCCGAGAAAGAUUAUUCCAAUUGGCUAAAAGGAAGAGAACGGUUUCGGAGUCAAAAGUGGAGGUCAGGGAGGAUUGCUCUCCAGAGGUGGAACAAGAAGCAAAAAGCUUGGAGAGAGAACAAAAGGAAGUAAUGUCUUAACAAGUAAGCUUAAUGUAAUCUUUCGUAGUCAUUGUAUCAUGUUUCAUUGUCAGACUUACUACUUAUGUAAAAAUGUGAUUGUCUAGCAUUGUAGAUGGAACACUAUCAGAGCUAUAAAAAUGUAACAAAAGUUGUUUUCUUUCUUCAAA